GCUCCAGUGCUUUGCUUUUGGACUUUUAAAAGGAGACAUCUUUGCUUUGUUUGUCUGUUUCCGUUCCAUUAUAUUUUCUUAUCAAUAGCAGGAGUAUAGAUUCUGCCCGCUUCCGUCCUGGAAUAUCAAACUCUACCGAGAAGGAAUCCGGCUUCUGUGUUUUGGGAUGCGGGCAGAUUUGGCCUAGCUUCUUUUUCUGUACAUAAUUUAGAGGGACUUGAUUCAGUUUUUUUUUUUCCUUGUAAAUUGGGAAAACCCAGUUUGACAAUUUGUUAGAUUGUUCUUCUGAUUUAUCAUUUCUGGUUUUAAAGCAAAGAAAAAGUUGGGAAUUUUGAUGGGUUUUCUUGUUGAUUCACACAAAGAUGGUGGAUUUGGUGUAUUGGGAGGUUGUGUUAGGAGUUUGGUAAGGAGAAAACAGGUUGAUUCUGCACAUGCCAAAGCUAAUGCUCACCAUAAGUUAGCCAAGGAGUUGUCUGUUCCUCACCUUAUUGCAAUCGGUGUUGGCUCGACAAUUGGAGCUGGAGUUUAUAUUCUGGUUGGAACGGUUGCUAGAGAGCAUUCUGGUCCAGCUCUCACGAUUUCCUUUCUUAUAGCUGGAAUCGCCGCUGCUCUUUCUGCCUUUUGCUAUGCAGAGCUCGCAAGUCGUUGUCCAUCUGCUGGCAGUGCCUAUCACUAUUCUUAUAUAUGUGUUGGAGAGGGUGUUGCAUGGUUGAUUGGCUGGGCACUGAUAUUGGAAUACACAAUUAGUGGAUCAGCAGUUGCUCGUGGCAUAUCCCCAAAUCUGGCAUUCUUUUUCGGAGGUCAGGAUAGUCUGCCUUGUUUUCUAGCUCGUCAGCACAUUCCUUGGCUGGAUAUUGUGGUUGACCCUGUUGCAGCAAUUUUAGUAUUUAUUGUGACAGGUCUCUUGUGUGUGGGAAUCAAGGAGAGUACCCUGGUACAAGGUACAGUCACCACUGUGAAUGUCUGUGUCAUGCUUUUUGUCAUAAUAGCUGGUAGUUACCUGGGCUUCAAGACUGGAUGGAGAGGAUAUGGACUUCCCACUGGGUAUUUUGCCUUCGGAGUAGAUGGGAUGCUCGCAGGGUCUGCAACUGUCUUUUUUGCUUAUAUUGGUUUUGAUUCAGUUGCUAGCACUGCUGAGGAGGUGAAGAAUCCUCAACGAGAUUUGCCUCUGGGCAUAGGCCUUGCACUGUCUAUUUGUUGUGCCUUAUACAUGCUAGUUUCAGUUGUCAUUGUAGGGCUGGUACCUUAUUAUGCAUUGAAUCCUGAUACUCCCAUCUCCUCUGCAUUCGCUGAGCAUGGCAUGCAAUGGGCAGUGUACAUAAUAACUGUUGGAGCUGUUAUGGCACUCUGUUCAACACUGAUGGGCUCACUUCUUCCUCAGCCACGGAUUUUGAUGGCAAUGGCUAGAGACGGAUUACUGCCAUCAUUCUUUUCAGAUGUUAAUAGAAGUACACAAGUACCUGUAAAGAGCACGUUGGCAACUGGCUUUGUUGCUGCGACAUUGGCAUUUUUUAUGGAUGUUGACCAGUUGGCAGGAAUGGUCAGCGUGGGCACACUUCUUGCUUUCACCAUGGUUGCAAUUUCUGUAUUGAUACUGAGAUAUGUCCCACCAGAUGAGGUUCCAUUUCCAUCCUCACUUCAGGACACAAUUGAUUUUGUGUCAUUGCGGUACCGUAGUAACGGUGAAAAGUCUGAGGUUGAUGGUGGUGCUUCAAGUACUUCGCCUUUGCUGGGCAAAAAUGCAGUAGUUGAUUAUCCUAUAAUUGUAAAACAAGAUCAAGGCAAUUAUGUACUAAAAGAAGAAAGCAGAAGAAAUAUUGCUGGCUGGACCAUAGCAUUCACAUGUAUUGGGGCAUUUAUUCUUACAUAUGCAGCCACGGAUUUGAAUCUUCCUGGGGUUGUUCGCUUUACAUUGUGUGGUAUUGGUGGUGCUCUCCUUCUGUGUGGUCUGAUUGUGCUGAAUCUUAUUGAACAAGAUGAUGCAAGACACAGCUUUGGUCAUUCUGGAGGAUUUAUUUGUCCAUUUGUUCCACUCCUUCCUAUCACCUGCAUUCUCAUCAACAUAUAUCUGCUGAUUAAUCUUGGUGUUGCCACCUGGACCCGUGUUUCAAUCUGGCUCCUAAUUGGAGUGUUCGUUUAUCUAUUCUAUGGGAGAACUCACAGCUCACUGUUAGAUGCAGUCUAUGUGCCUGCAGCUCAUGCUGAUGAGAUUUAUCGCAGCUCUGGAUAUAGUUUAGCUUAGAAUCCAGGAUUCUCACAACAGAAUCUCUUUGUUGUAUGAUGGCAUUCUCCCCAAACAUGCCCUCCCCCAUUCUUUUGGCUUUUUAUAUUAUUUUCCCCCUUUCCCUAUGUGUUGUAUGUAUUCUUACAGUGGCUCAAAUCAGUCGUGUGCAUAGCAUAUUAUAAUAGAGGGUUGACAUGGGGACAUGCUUAAGCAUUGUAAGUAGUUUGAAAGUGGAAGAAGAUAUUCUUCUUCUUUUGUUUACAUUGCCUAAUGAAUAUUCUUCUUGACACA